GCAAUAGGGUUUCCUAUCGCUAGGGUUUUUGUCUGCAAGUCGCUCCUCCAGCCGAAGCUCCCACAGCGAAAAUGCCGUCGCACAAGACCUUCAGGAUCAAGAAGAAGCUGGCGAAGAAGAUGAGGCAGAACCGACCCAUUCCUCACUGGAUCCGCAUGAGGACCGACAACACCAUCAGGUACAAUGCUAAGCGCAGGCAUUGGCGCCGUACCAAGCUCGGGUUUUGAGGUGGAUGACACUCGUAACUUGGCAUUUUGUUUAAGAUUUUAUUUGGCAAAAAACAGUUGGAAACUUUUAUGUUAUAAUCAAUUGCGAAUCUAUAUGGAGUCCCUUAGCAGAGAUUGAUAUUUGGUUUGUAGUUUAUUUGUAUUUCAAGUAAUGGGUUGGACCAAUUUUUGAAUUUA